AUGGAAGGAAAGGUGUUGAAUGAUCCUUCAUCAUAUAAACGGCUUGUGGGCAGGUUAAUAUACUUGACAAUAACAAGGCAUGACUUGGCUUAUGUUGUUCACAUGCUAAGUCAAUUCAUGGAGAAACCUCGGCAACCACAUCUUAAGGCUGCACACAAGGUCCUCAAGUACAUUAAACAAGCACCUGGACAAGGAAUUUUUCUCCCUUCCACAAGUUCAUUGCAAUUACAAGCAUUUUGUGAUGCCGAUUGGGCUAGAUGUAGAGAUAUUAGAAGGUCGAUAACAGGGUACUGUGUUUUUCUUGGUCAAGCACCUAUUUCUUGGAAAACUAAGAAACAAACAAUUAUAUCUCGUUCUAAUGCAGAGGCUGAAUACCGUUCUAUGGCCACCACAUGUUCUGAAAUCAUAUGGUUGAAGAAUACUCUGAAGGAUUUAGGAGUGAAACAUCCACAACCAGCCAAGCUGUUUUGUGACAAUCAAGCUGCAUUACACAUCGCUUCAGAUCCUACUUUCCAUGAACGAAUGAAGCACAUAGAGAUUAAUUGUCAUCUAGUACGAGAGAAGAUUCAAGAAGGAAUGAUACGCACGGCUUACAUAAGGACAAGUGAUCAACAAGCUGAUAUAUUCACCAAGCCGUUGAGUUCAAUGCAGUUUGAAGUUUUAUUUAGCAAGUUGGGUGUCAUUAACAUACACUCCAACUUGAGGGGGAGUAUUAAGGAAAAUAUCUCCAUUAAUUAG